AUGGCACAAUACGAACCGAUUCUGGAUCCUCAACAAAUGGGCGCGGCACCGGCCCCACCCUUGCCUCCACCACCACCCCCGCCACCUCCGCCACCCGCACCGUCUAAACCAGCGACACAAAUGGAGGAAGAGACGUUCGCCUCCACCCGUGAAUCCGAAACUCGACCGGUAAAUCGAAAAAAGGGCAAGAAAGGGGCCAAACCCAGCAAAAGCAAGAUCAACGUGAAGGAGGAGGGCGAUGAGGAUGAGGACGAUGCCAUCGCUGCAUGUGAGUUUGUUUUUCUUGAGUUUGGAAAUAAAGUUCUUGCAAUUUAAAGCUUUGUAAAGAAAGGUCUUGCGAUUUUAAGCUUUGUAAAGAAAGUUCUUGUUAUUUUUUGUCUUGUAAAGAACGUUUUUGCUAUUUUUAUCUUGUAAAGAAAGUUCUUGCCAUUUUUUGUUUUGUAAUGAAAAUUCUUGCCACUUUAAGCUUUGUAAACAAAGUUCUUGCCAUUUUCAGUGAUUGUAAGACGUGCGCUGGAAGUGCGUUUCUGCUACGCCUUCUGGCUCUCCGUACUGGUCGUGUGCCUAAUAUCGUUCCUUAUCGCUAUCAUAUUGUUGUUCGCAUUGUAA